AUGAGAGGCGUCAAUGAAAAUGAACCUCCCCCCCCUCAAGUUUUUUUUCGUUUAAUUUACGUUUCAUUACAAUUGGGUACCUAUUUGGGUGGACCUUGCGAAUAUUCUUGCAGUGAUAAAUUAAUACACGUGAUAUGCGACGAGAAAAAAAAAACAUGCGAAUGCGAAGAUAAAUAUCCGGUUGAAAUAGGUAUAAUGCGUGGAUGCGAAAAACCCAAACAAUUGGGUGAUCAAUGUUUUUAUGCUCAAACGUGUUCGUUUUUCGAUCCGAACGCAAUUUGUACACAAAUACAUCAUAAUGCCAUAUGUCAGUGUAAGCCUGGAUUUCACACGGUUGCCUUAAGAAAAGGUGUGAGGAAGGUUUUUUGUACGGAAGAUGUUGUCGUCGUUUCUGCCGAUUUACCGACUCUUUUAGGUGUUGCCACGGGUAUUGCAGUACUUACCGGAUUAUUGUGUUUCGUCCUACGACUGUUCAGUGGUAACCGUUAUCCACCGACACGUCACUACGCAAAUGCAAAUUUAGCACCGCCAUUACUAUUUUCAAGUGACAAUCAAUGGAUAAACGGGAUACCACUCACAGUACAAAAUCGUCCAUCAUCGAGAUCAUCAUCGUGUCAGAGAAGUACAAUGAGUUUGGCACAAUAUCCAAGGAAUAAAGGAGUUUUGGUACCGCCAUCGAGAGCAGGUGCGGCUCGUGCAGCCGCCAUCUUGCUUAUCCCAUGUCAACUUCAGGCAUCCUCAAGACAAAACGAUUUAGAAGUUGUUCAUAAUAAUAACAACAAUAAUAAUGACGAAGACGUUGAAGACGUUGAAGAAAAUGAUUUGUGUUUUUUUGGUUUUUUUUUGGGAUUUUCAGGUUCACGAAAACAAAGUUUAACUUCCGUUCACAGCACUACGUCAUCGCAGAGAAGUUAUUCGUAUAGCGCGAGAAGAUUCGAACAAGAAAAUCAACAAAAGGAACAAAGAGCUGCAAUGAGAGCUGCGAGAGAGGAAGCAGCCAAAAUGGCCGCACUUCCGACUCCGAGCUCAUUAUCAACAGAAGAUUUAUUAUUAAUUCCGUCCAAAAUCUCCAUCACAAUCGGAACCGACAGAAUUUACUAA